UUUUCACACGGUUACUGAAGUUUCCACAAGCUUAACUGUCACUUCGAACGUUCAUUUUUAAAUCAUACCUUCUUUUGCGGCAAAUAGAAUAAAGUUUUGGGUGUUAUUUAUUUUACGUCUUGUGCCAGCUUUGUGGUAGUUGCGUGUGUCUUGCAUUUAUAUUAUAAUUGUUAUGAAAUACAUAUUGAUGCCGGUGAUAAGCAGGAGCUACUGAGUUUCUCUCACACAUCUCCCAGUAAUUGUAUUCUGCUGCAAGAUGGAGGACGUUGCCGUCGAAGUGUGCGGUGAGAAUGGCGCUUACUACAAGGCUUAUAUCACAGAUGUUCAUGAGGAUGAAGUCACUGUUGCAUUCGAAAAUGAAUGGCAGCCUGAAAGCAAGUUCCCAUAUCAUCGUGUGAGGCUACCACCUACAACACCUAAAGAUGAUAAAGCUCUAAAUAGCAUGACUGAGGGUCAGGAGGUUGAGGUUUUUUCUCGAGCUAAUGAACAAGAGGCUUGUGGUUGGUGGCGUGCUUUGGUAAAAAUGACUAAAGGAGAUUUUCAUGUUGUUGAAUAUUUAGGUUGGGAGACAACGUACACAGAAAUUGUACCCAGUGACAGGUUACGUUUAAAAAAUACUAAUCAGCCCAUCACAAAAGGCACAUUUCAUCAGUUCGAGAUUCCUGUACCUGAAGAUGUGCAAGAAUAUUCCAAAACUGAGUCAGCCCAUAAAGAAUUUAAGAAAGCUAUUGGUGCUGCUGUUUGUAAAUAUAAUGCAGAAAAGAAAAGCCUGCAAAUUAUAUUUUUUUCUUCCCAGGGAAGGCAUGAAGGACUGAAGAAGAGGGCGUGCAUGCUCAGUGACAUGCACUUUCGAAAUCUUCGCCAAAAAGUGUUGCUUCUGAACAGGACGGAAGAGGCAGCUCGCCAAUUAGAAAGUACACGCCUUCAUUCAAAUUCUGGUUAUGGAGAAGAAUUUACGGUUAGGGAAGAUUUAAUGGGCUUAGCAAUAGGUGCCCAUGGGGCGAAUAUACAGAAUGCAAGAAAAUUAGAUGGUAUUACUGGAAUUGAUUUAGAAGAAUGUAGUUGUACUUUUAAAAUAUUUGGAGAGACGCAAGAAGCAGUUAAAAAAGCGAGAAGCAUGCUAGAAUAUGCUGAAGAAUCUGUUCAAGUGCCUCGAAUCCUAGUUGGUAAAGUUAUUGGUAAAAAUGGAAGAAUAAUUCAAGAAAUAGUUGAUAAAUCUGGUGUUGUAAGAGUAAAAAUUGAAGGUGAUAAUGAAAAUCAAUCUCCGAGGGAAGAGGAGGGACGUGGUCCACCUCAACAUAGAACAGGUAAAGGAUCAUUGGACAUUCAAGUACAUAGAAAACCAACAUCACAUCCCAGUAUGACUGACAGAACUUCUAGUUUGGUGGAAGGCACUGUUUCAGAACGAACUUUCAGUGUUCCAUUUGUUUUUGUUGGUACAAUAGAAAGUAUUACAAAUGCCAAAAUACUAUUAGAAUACCAUUUGGCACACCUAAAAGAAGUGGAGAAACUACGUCAAGAAAAGCUAGAAAUCGAUCAACAACUUAGAAGUCAAGUAGGCAAUGCUCAGAAUUUUCCUGCUCCUCGUCGACCAGGUCCAGAAAGAAACUACAAUUCUGAUGGUGACAAUGUCAGACUUCGAGGUGGAGGACCACCGAGGGGACGAGGAAGAGGAGGUGGCCCCGGUCCUGUGAGGCGUUGGGCUAAUGAUACUCGUUUCAAUAAUAAUACAAGUAAUCAUCCAGCAACAUUGAGUGAUUACAUAGGCAAUGCAGACAAGCGAGGUGGUCAUAACUCUUAUCGAGGUGGAGUUAGUAGAGGGAGAGAUAGGGGUAGUGGAGAAAAUAGUUCACGUGGAAUGCCAAAUCGAAAGUGACAACCUCGUUUAGCACCAACAGAAGUUUUACCAACUUGAUACCUUUAUCUUGAAAUUGAGCAGCAUUUCUACAUAAUGCUGCUUAUAUUUUGACUUGAACGAACUUAAGUUUCACUGUUGACCAGAUGUUCUUAAAAAUACAAAUGCUGAUAAUUUUACGAAAUGUCCCACUUAAUUAUGUCCGUACCUCCUGAUAUGUCUUUAAAAGCUAUAUGAGCUAAGUAAUGAAAAGUGUAUGAUCACUUAUCAAAUAGAGCGCUAGCUCCCUUUUUAAGCAGCUGGCAAGUAGUUUUAUGAUUCAGGGGGCUUCUUAGCUCGAUUUGAAUUGGAGCCUAGAAGCUCUCCUGCAGUUGCCAUUGAAUGAAUGUGCUAAUGGAAUACUACUCUUUGACUUAUUAAAUUUUUAUUUUGGAAGGAAAAUAAUGGUACUAUUUAAGGGUGUUCUGCCAUUUAAAAAAUUUCUUAACUCAAAAUAGCCAUUUAUGCUUCUGUUUGGUGACUAUUUUACUACUUUCAUUAUUAAUAUUUUCUUUUCUUUUAAUCUUUCUAAAACUUUCUAAGGAUAGAAUCUGGUAUUUAUGUAAAUGAUUUUAAGACAAUAUCUCAGUUUUGUACAUGUUUUACAUUUCUUGUGUAUAUAUAUUUAUGAUCUUAUAUUAUUUGGACUGUCUAAUACAGAUAAGUCUUUGUAAUAUUGCACUGUUAUUUAAAUGCAUUGGAAAUUUCAUUGUAAAUUACAGAUUUUGAAGCAGCUUAUGGAAAACUGUUCAAAUUGGUUUUUUGUUAAUUUUCGCUGGAUACAAAGCCUGUAAAUAAGUGCUUUUGGCUUUGUAGCAGGAGAUUUUUUUUAGAUGAAAUACUCUUUUAUCUCCUUCUGUUAUUAUUUCUCUAAUCCUAAUUGGCAGAUGUAGUCCUUGAACAUGACAUCUUUCUAGUAUACAGCGUAAAACAGUUUUGCAGUAGCAUGAAAAAUCCAAAACCAUCUGAAAGCUGAAAAAGCAGAUUUUUGAAGUUUCUCUGUUGAAAAGGUACUCAAAGUGGUUUCGCUGCAAAAACUUGUACCAGUUGAAUUAAAACCAGAUUGUGACAAACAAAAACCUAAGCCAAGGCAGAGUCAUUAAAGCAGCAGAGUUGGUGAGAGAAGAUUAUUUAUCCCCAUACUGUGAUUUGGACAUAGUUGCCCAAUAGACAUAUGCAAGUUUUCCCUGUCCCGAAAGUGUCAUGUUAUCCAGGAACUGAGAUAUCUCGAUUUUUAAGAGAUAUGAAGACAUCCUCUUUUGUAAAGGGAGUCUCGAUUAUAGAUUCAGAAACGAAGUUUUGUGUACAAAAAAAGGAAGAGUUUCAGGAACAUUUGACUCUGAGAGUUUGAAUUACUGAAAUCUUCUAAUUUCUACAGUUUGCUUUUAUAAUGAAAAGUAAUGUUCCUCAGGUUGUAAUAAAGCUGCCAUGUUGGAAA